AUUUCCCUUUAAUUCCUCUAAACAACAUAUAGGUCUUUCCUCCACCAAGCCAUUCCAUAUUUGCUAUUUCUGCAAACAAUUACAGAGCGAAGUGCAAGUGAACAAGGAAACCUUUAAGAGAACCUUCAUCAAUAAAGACCUUCAUGAAGCAACAUCACUAUAUACUAUUGAUUCUGUUUAUUGGUUCUGUUCUGUCGUCAAUAUUACUCCUGAACCAUCUUGAUUCGGAGGAGAUUAGCUUCCAAGAGUUCAAAAACAAGCUACUUGAACCUGGUCAUGUUGAUCGAAUUGUUGUUGCUAACAAAGAAGUAGCCACAGUUUAUAUAAAGAAUUCUUCACCUGAUAAUAAUCAAACUUGUGAUGACACAGUUCAAGGUCCUAUAAGUUGUACAAAUGGUAGUAGAAACCUGAGCCACCACAAAUAUUAUUUCAACAUUGGGAGUGUUGUGUUAUUUGAGCAGAAGCUUAAGGAAGCACAAGAAGCCUCUGGAAUAGACCCUCGCAAUUACGUCCCUGUGGUAUAUGUUAAUGAGUUGGAUUGGUUGCCAGAAAUGGUGAAGUUUGGUGUAAUGGUAUUGCUUCUAGCUAUCCUUUAUUAUAUGGAUUGGGGAGGUGUUAGAGGACUAUUUGGUAUUGGUAAACCGCAUUUCAUGAAGAUGGACAAAAAUGCAAAGAACAAGGUCUUCUUCAAGGAUGUGGCUGGAUGUGACGAGGCUAAGCAGGAAAUCAUGGAGUUUGUCCACUUCCUUAAGAAUCCCAAGAAAUACGAGGAGUUAGGAGCCAAAAUUCCUAAGGGUGCUCUUCUAGUGGGUCCUCCCGGGACUGGAAAGACACUCUUAGCUAAAGCUACAGCAGGAGAGUCUGGUGUACCUUUUCUCUCUAUCUCUGGUUCAGAUUUUUUGGAGAUGUUUGUUGGUAUUGGACCAGCUAGAGUUAGGAGCUUAUUUCGGGAGGCAAGACGAUGUGCACCUAGUAUUAUUUUCAUAGAUGAGAUUGAUGCAAUUGGCGGUGCAAGAGGGAGGGGACACUCUUCUGGAGCAACUGAUGAACGUGAAAGAACUUUAAAUCAACUGCUUGUAGAAAUGGAUGGAUUUGCAACCACAUCUGGUGUAGUUGUGCUUGCUGGCACAAAUAGACUUGAUAUAUUAGACAAAGCGUUGUUAAGGCCUGGUCGAUUUGAUCGCCAGAUUACCAUUGACAAACCAGACAUAAGAGGUCGUGAACAGAUUUUCAGAAUCUAUUUGAACAAUUUGAAAAUUGAUCAAGAAGCAGCAUUCUAUUCACAGAGGCUUGCUGCUCUAACACCAGGAUUUGUUGGAGCAGAUAUUGCAAAUGUUUGUAAUGAAUCUGCUUUGGUUGCUGCUAGGAGCGAGUGUACCAAAAUCAAAAUGCAACAUUUUGAGGCAGCAAUAGACAGGGUGAUCGGUGGUCUAGAGAAGAAGAACAAGGUCAUAAGCAAGAUGGAAAGGAGGACAAUUGCCUAUCAUGAAUCUGGCCAUGCUGUUGCUGGUUGGUUCUUGGAAUAUGCAGAUCCAUUACUUAAAGUGACAAUUAUUCCUCGUGGUACAGCAGCACUAGGAUUUGCUCAAUAUGUUAGCAGUGAAAAUCAUUUAAUGACCAAGGAGCAGCUAUUUGAUAUGACAUGUAUGACUCUUGGUGGCCGAGCUGCUGAGCAGAUUUUGAUUGGAAAAAUCUCAACCGGAGCUCAAGAUGAUUUGGAGAAAGUGACCAAGAUGACAUAUGCCCAGGUAGCAGUCUACGGCUUCAGUGACAAAGUUGGUCUUCUUUCUUUUCCGCAAAGAGAAGAUGCACUUGAGACAUCAAAGCCCUACAGUAGCAAGACUGCAGCACUUAUUGACAAUGAAGUUAGAAAAUGGGUAGCCAAGGCAUAUGAUCGUACUUUACAACUUAUAGAGGAACACAGAGAACAUGUAGCUCAGAUUGCAGAAUUGCUACUAGAAAAGGAGGUCCUUCAUCAAGAAGAUAUGGCCCAGGUAUUGGGUGAACGCCCAUUCGAGAGUAGUGAGCCCACAAACUAUUACAGGUUCAAGCAAGGAUUCGAAGAAGAAAACGGAGAAACUAAAGAUAGCACUGACGGAAAAACCACACAAGAUGAUAGAUCAUCACCUGUUGAACCAAAGAUUGUCCCAGUCAGUGUUGUCAAAGGCAAUAAAGCGCAGGAAAUAGCAGAGAAAGGCACAAGGUAUGUUGGGGCUUUAAGCGUAAAGCGGAAAUGUGCAAUUAAAGGAUGGGUUCUAGUAAAGAAAGGUGCAACGAAGAAAAAUAUUAUAUGAACAAAAUGAUAGUAUAAACGUAAUAUAUGAAGUACAAAGCAUGCCUAUCAAGUUCAAAAAUCAGUUUGGAACUUUAAUUUUAGAUGCAAAGCUGCAGCUUUUAGUUUCUAAUUCAAGCUUAAAUGACUAGUUUUCCUAUAUCAAGUUUCUAAAUUCCUUUUCUGAUUAGUGAAAAUCUUAUUUAUAAGGUGUUAACAGUGGUGGAGCUAGGAAUUGCAACAAGGGGAUUGUCUUAGUAUAAUUAUGGGUCAUGUUUUGUAAAUGACAAUGAAGAACAGCGACGGUAUAAAUUACCAGUAAUAUUAGUAUUAUUUUCGAUAUUUUUAUUAUUUUACUAUUUUUGUACUUCUGAUC